AGAGUUUCUGAUGGAUUCAAACGAGUUAAGCAUGGUGGAGGAGACAAGAUCAAGAAGUGAAGAGAAGAAAGAGAGAGAAAACGAGUGUGCUUGGUCAAGCUGGAUAAAGACAGCUUUUGAAAGCUGUGGGAUUUGGAGUAAUCAUGAAAAAGAAGAACCUUUAAAGGUGAGAGCUGCUGAGAAAGAUCAGACAGCAAGUUUGGAGGAGAUUCAAGUAAAGGUGGAACCUUUAAGGGAGGUAGCUGCUAAAGAAGGUCAGACAGCAAGGUUGGAGGAGAUUCAAGUAAAGGUGGAACCUUUAAAGGAGGUAGCUGCUGAAGAAGGUCAGACAGCAAGGUUGGAGGUUCAUGAAGCCAAGGGCGUGAUCUAUAGUCUAAGACAAGGGAAGAACGAGUUGUAUAACUUGUGGGGAGGCUGAGAGAAGUAGAAUCAGAGUUGAGUAUGGUGAAAACUCAUACAGCAAUUCCGAGUUGGUGUCAAGGAAGGAGGAAGCAAGAUGUGAUCUUUGGCUUUCUUAUGGGAGAGAUAUGUGAGCUGGUUGAACACAUGUGUGAUGUGUGGGAGAUAAACAAGAAGCCAGAUAGAUGGAAGAGAGGUACAAGCUGCAAGAAGGGAAAGUUGAGAUAACUUUCUAAGAUGUGGGUCAUGAUGAGCAGAUUAUGGAGAAAGGAUAUCAAGGAGAGUAUGCAAGUAGGAGAAUGCUUGUACUCAGCUUACAUUGGAGAAUCUGUAGAGAGCAGUGGGGUUAUGAGGAAGCUAGAGUCCAAAGGACCGGAUGAGCCUGUCACAAAGGAGGAAUGGGAUGAGUUUGUCAAGUAUGUGUAUGCUUUGGCUACGACCCGGAGACAAGGUGCUCCUGCCAAAGCAUCCACAUCCAACAAACCCAUCAUUGUUGAUUCUGGAGCAAGUCAUCACAUGAUUAGUGACAGAAGCUUAAUGAGUGAUGUAAAGAAAGCUACUGGGGGCGUGAUGAUAGCUAAUGGUGAUAGGAUUCCAAUAGAAAGAGUUGGAAAGCUCAAGCUAUUUGAUAAAGACUCAGAUGCCUUCUACAUGCCACAGUUUGCUUCAAAUCUACUAUCUGUGAGGAAAGCCACGAUUGAUCUUGGCUGUCAAGUAGUAUUAGGCCAGAUGAUGUUGAGUUCCAAGAUUUGAAGACUGGAAAGGUCAUUGGGAGAGGAGACAGCAAGAAUAAUCUAUACCAGCUCCAAUUGGCUAAGAUCUCUAAACCCUUUGAUUCUAUGUGCUUGAGUAGUACUUAUGAGAAGAUUGAUAGUAUUACUUGGCAUGCUAGAUUGGGACAUCCUUAUGCUCGUGCUAUUGAAUUGAUAAUUCCUAAUAUGUCAUUUAAUCACUUGGAGUGUGAAGCAUGCAUAUUAGGAAAGCAUUGUAGGACUGUUUUUCCAACAUCAGAAACUACUUAUGAGCAUUGCUUUGAUCUAGUUCAUUCAGAUGUGUGGACUGCACCGUGUUUGUCUAGAGAUAGCCAGAAGUACUUUGUGACA